AACCUUCACAAUUUCUUCAUCCAACACCUUUCACAAACCAUACACAAAAAUCUUGCAACAUGUCUUCCUUACGCGUUUCCAUACUAAAUAAUAACCCUUUACAUUCUUCUCCAUCUUCUUCCUCUUUCCAGAGAAUCAAUUGUUCUAUCAAUGUCCCUAAACUACCUAAACUCCCCUCUUCAGUUCCCAAAGUGCUAGCAUCAUCUACCAGAAGCAUGGUUGAGGAAAUGGGAAAAUUCAGAGUCAGAGACAAUUAUAACUCUUCUUUUGCGGAAAAGAACCAUACCAGCAAAAUAAUGCACGAUGGUGAUCUUUACAACACUACAAAUUCCCAGGCCGUUAUUCAACUCUAUGCAAUCUUGGAGGCUGUGGCUGACAGAAUUGAAAUGCAUACCAACGUUGGAGAACAACGUAACAAUUGGAACACCCUCUUGUUAAACUCCAUCAACAUGCUAACGCUCACGGCUUCAACCAUGGCUGGUGUUGCAGGCACGGGUAGUUGUGAAGGGGCACCACUUUUGGCUCUUAAACUAUCAUCUGCUCUUUUGUUUUCUGCAGCCACUGGGAUGCUACUUGCUACCAACAAAAUCCAGCCCUCACAGCUUGCCGAGGAACAAAGAAAUGCUGCAAGGCUUUUUAAGCAGCUUCAGGCACAGAUCCAAACCACAAUCGCUGUUGGAAAUCCCAGUGAAAGUGAUGUGAGGGGUGCUAUGGAGAGGGUUUUGGCGUUGGACAAAGCAUAUCCGAUGCCUUUGUUGGGAGGAGCAAUGCUUGAAAAGUUUCCUGAAAAGUUUGAAGGUGCUAGAUGGUGGCCACAAAGAAGAUUGAACAAUGAGAAAGCACAGAUGAAGGGUAAGAGCAAUAAUGGAUGGAGUGUGGAGCUGGAAGAGGAAAUGAGGGAGGUUGUUGAAGUGGUGAAGAGAAAAGACAUGGAAGACUAUGAGAGGUUGGGGAACAUUGCUCUGAAGAUAAACAAGGGUUUAGCUAUUUCAGCACCUUUGCUCACAGGAAUUGCUGCAUUAGGGUGUUUGUUUUCAGGAGACUCAUUAGUUCCUGUGGUAGCAGGGUCCUUGGCUUCGGUGGUGAAUGCUCUUGAGCAUGGAGGGCAAGUUGGAAUGGUGUUUGAAAUGUACAGAAACUGUGGUGGAUUUUUCCAGCUUUUGGAAGAGACAAUUGAAGCCACAAUUGAAGAGAAAGACUUGGAGAAAAGAGAAAACGGAGAACUCUUUGAAUUGAAAAUGGCCUUGCAAUUGGGAAGAAGUGUAUCACAGCUGAGAGAACUUGCUUCAAAAUCUGCUGCAUAUCGCAUAGAAGGGAGGGAGAUAGAUGAAUUCGCCAGCAAACUCUUCUGAGAUGAAACAUUUUUUAAUUUUUUUUGUUUAAUUAUUUACAUACCAUUCUUUUCAGAAAUGUAUAUAUUGUGUAUUUAUCUGACAUGCAAAAGUGAGAGAGAAUAUAUUUAGAUGAAAGUGUAAUUUUUUUGGUAAAAGAUUUAAGGUGUGGAUACAUGUACAUGGAAUGAUGACUAGUUCACAUUACUUUUAAUAAUGUUUUUUUUUUUUUUU